AUGUCUCCAGCUAAUAUCCACGAAUCAAAUCUGGAGGAGCGUGAUGGUUUUCUUGGUAUAAACAUGGGACCACCCGCAGUGGAAGGUCGAGAUGAAGAUUUGUAUGCAACUACCACUCCAAUGCCAGGCUUUGUUAAACCUUCUGUUCGCGAUUAUAUUGCUCAGCACGGUAGUUUUCUCGAUGAUUUUGUGAACGUUGACGCUCUUCUUGGCUCUGGAAGUGAUGCGUCGGAAGCUGACACGAAUGCACCAGCUACAAAUGCCAAGGGAGCCGUCGCUUUAGCAUCUGAUAGGGUAACGGAUGAAGAAGAAAUAAAAGGCACGGCCUCGAAGGUACCAGCUACAAAUGCAAAGGGCGUCGUCGCUUCAGCAUCUGAUGAGGAACUGGAUGUAGAAGGUCUCGAUCAAGAUGAAGACAUGAUCGCUAACCUUGGCUCUGAGGAUGAAGCGAAUCUUAUGCAAUUAAUGGGCAGCGGAGCCUCUGGAAUAACUGCCGCACUUGAUGGCUCUAAGGCUGGCGAAAUUGAAGCGAUGAUGAAAAAGCUUGGCGGACUGUUUAGCAUGGUAGAUGGUUUUAGUUUGUUUGGAGGAGAUCCGACCGUACCGCAAAACAAAACUAUCGAAGACAACGAUAUAAUUCUUGGUCAAGUAUUCGGGGGUAAGGAGCACGGUGAUGCAUUUUCUGAUAUAAAUAAUGUCAGGUUCGGAGGAAUGUUUCUUAACAUUACUCUUCGCGGCGGUCAACGAUUGGAUAAGAUUGUUCUAGAGGUGAUGACCCAGGAAGAAAUUGGAACCUUAUCUCACGGUGGUAGUGGCGGUGGUUUUGCCUUUGUUGAGCCACAAAUUGGCGAGGGUAUUGCUUCGGUUGAAGUGAAUUGGAACAAGCAUAAUGGUAAAACGUGUAUUUUCUAUAUGAAAUUGACGUUAACUGGAGGCAAGACAAUUUCUGCUGGAAAGGAAACUGGUAACAAGGCUGUAAUAAAGCCACCGAAGAACUACAAAAUUGCCGGAUUUCAUGGCCGCGCAAGUUCCAAAGGUAUUUUCUGUAUUGGUGCGAUUUAUACAAGAGUUGGGGCUGUGGAUCUGAAAGUCACGGAUGUGAUGGCUAUUACGAGCAAGGGAUCUCCUGACAUUUACAACUACAAUACCACUAUUCGUAACUGGGUGGGUAAAAACGAGCAUGGCAAGGACACUGCUUGCUACCAAAAAAGAGUAGAUGUCAGCAGCACGAAUAUGUGUCCUUCUGGUUAUCGGCAGGAAGACGACACUUGUGUUGCUCAGUGCCCGCUCGAUUACCCCGUUGAGUGUUAUAAAGAAUGCAUUCCUCAGAACAAUGAUUGCGCGCAGGCGGUUCUCGCCAAGGUUUCCGCUGUGGCUGCUGUGGUUCUAAACGCCGCUACAAUGGGUUUGUUUGGUUCUUUUGUGGCAAUGGGCAGGGUGAUUCAAUUUGGAAUUCAAUGCGCUCUCAGCAUUGCCAACGCUGUCAAGUCGCUCAUCUACUAUCUGCGUUAUACUCAAACUGAAAUUCCUAAAACCGACUUAGAGAAGUUGGCGGAUAAGGCAUUCCAGAUGCAGAUUGCCAUGCUUGACCUGCCGAUAGCUGUUGCAACGUGUUUAGGCAUCCCUAUUCCACCCAAGCUAUUGUUUACGGCCGUUGUUAUGGUAGUGGUAUCUGCAAUUGUGAUGAUGGCGGUAGUGAUUGGUGAACAGAUUUUUUCUUCAAAGAAAAACAUAAUGAGGAUGCUGCGUGAAUCGGGUGCGAUGAACGGUACAGCUCUUAAUCAUGAAGUCUUGGAACUUGAGGAUUUUAUCAAGCCGAAGAACGGUACUUGCGGUUACGAGAUGAAGACUCUUACGAACCGUGUCUUGGGCAAGGUUCACGAGAUCCGCAGCAAAACACCGAAAGCUGAUGAGGAGGAUGUACGCGUUGCGGUGAGCAAGUCACCGAUUAUUACUGACGAUAUUCCUAUUAUCACGAACCAUUGUAUGGGCCAAAUUUUGCCCAACACUACCCAUGCGGCUUCCUUUAGUACGCGACACUUACUUCGUAAGACACUUAGUGUCAUUAUCGAGCAGUUGAUUAAAACUGGUACGACUGACAUGGGUAAGCACGUGUCCAGGAAUGAAAAGAUCCUUGACUACUCCGAUCUUGGUCUUUUUAUGAUGUCCAUGUUCGACCCUACGGGUAUUGCCUGGAUGGCAUCCGAGUUUGUCCAGCCUAUUUGUGGCCCCAGUGAAUAUAUCGGCGAGAUCGAUGAUGGUACUCUGUACGACGCUCUAGGUCUUACCACCGUUGAUCAGGCUUUUGUGGGGAGUUACGGCGUCUGGAAGAAGAAGGGUGAUGGCUCCGUUACGGUGUAUUUUGAAAGCGUUGACAAGUUCGAAGUGGAAGUGGUUAUCUACUCUGGUAGCGAAAAGGUUAAUACUGUAAAGGUACCUGCUAAUGGCAAGGCCAAGUGGAGUGCCAAAGUCGAGGACUUGGAAGACAAGUCUUUAUACAUGGACCGUUGGCGUCCUGGUCUUUUCGGACUUCGGGGUUCUGGUGGUGGUUCGCUGCUUAUGUGGGUUCCGCGGUCGUCACAAGGUGGCAAUCUUAUCAUGCACGUACGCCUUAAUGUAAGCUAG